AUGAGUGAUAGCGACUCAGAUGACUUCUUUUAUAAUCAAGAUCUUUCUGAAGAAGAAGAUGAAUUGGAGAUAGCAGAUGAUACUAAUGUGGUCAACACAUCGACUCUCAAGUUAUCUACGCCGUUGAUAGCGAACAAAAAGAGGGCAUAUAAUGAUGAAAAUCUUAAGAAUUCCUCUGUCAAAACUCAGAAAACGGAAGCAGAGACAGAGAAUGCCAUUGACAAAAUAGAUUCUCAAGAUGAUUCUGACAGUAUUGUACUUCUAAGUGACGAAUCCCCAUCUAGCGAUUCCUAUGUUUCAGAACAGGAAAUAUUACCUGCAAAAAGCACUAGAGAGAAAAAACCAAUUACUAUCAAUACACAUGAUGAAACAUUCGAUUUCUUAAACGAAAUAACUAAGGAUGCAAAGAGAUUUGAUGCUCUUCGGAAAAAUGAUCCAAGGACAAGAAGAAUCUACAAUAUUAACUUCGUAUCCACCCUAGAAGGAACUCAAAAUAAAAGAGUGAAUGUUAAAGUAACUGGAAACAAAUCAUUUGAAAGUAUUCUACCGAUAACAAUUAAAAGCUUCAUUAAAUCCUACAAAGUCCCAAGAAGUCUCCAAAUGUUCUACAAACCGGCAGACUUAGUGCUCUUUCGAGCUGGAAUAGAAGUUUUACCGUUUUCAAAUUGCGAUAGCUUACAAAUUCCUUCUAAUUCAAUCAGAGAAGAGGCAGAGGUUGAUUUGAUCAUAGUUCAUGCUUCGGAAGCCCAAAACUAUAAGAACGAAUACAAAAGAAUUCGGGAUUCAAGACUACACUCCUUUGAUGACGAAAAUGAAAGUAAAGAUGAAAACCCAGACAGUAAAAAUGAUGAUAAGUUCAAACUGUUUGAAAAAGAGUUGGAAAAUGCACCUAAGUUAGAAAUGAGCCCUGACGAAGUUAUAGAAAUUGCCGAAAUGGAUUCUGAGGAGGAAAAUAUCAUUAGACUAGUCCUUAUAGAUAAGAAAAACAAGCGCACAUCAAUACCUGUCCAUCCUUCCAUGACAUUUAGGGACAUUGCAGAAAAGUAUAAGCAAAUAUCAAAAUUAUCCAGCGAUACAGUUGUAAAAUUGACAUUUGAGAAUACAGAUAUGGAACCAUCUGAAACUGUAGAAAGCCAAGAUUUGGAAGAAGAUGACAUUUUAGAAAUCAAAAUUAUAUAA